ACUAAAAAUAGCAACGUGUGAUUGUUUGUAUAAAUAACAUUUGUAUUUGUACUGUGUAUAUAUAUUGAAAAACGUUGUUCGUAGGAAAAAUGAAACAUACACUUUGCUUAUAACAGCGAUGACAAAAUAUUAAGCUAAAGUAAACCACAAUAAGCCACCUACUACUAGUACUAGUAGUAUUAUGUGUUUAUCAUAAAUCAUUGAUCAAGUCAAAACGAAAAGUUGACGCUAAUGCCGUAAUGGUAAUACAGUACUUAGGUAACACAGUAACACGCAAUAUCAAAGAGACUGAGAUAGCCACCAGGUAAGUAGAAGCAGAGCGAGGCAAUGGCUGCCUUGGGGCUUCAGAAUCUCUACAGCUCGAUCGUGAAGGGAGACCUGUCCAAGGCUCGACUCAUCCUCGACACGUGGGUGGAGAGUGUGGACGACCAGACGGACCUGAAUGGAGGCACGCCGCUGAUGUUUGCCAGUGAGAAAGGUCACCUUCACAUCGUGCGAGAGCUGGUUUUCCGUGGAGCCGACGUGAACAAAACCGACUGGGAUAGCUGGACAGCUCUCAUCUAUGCAGCGAAGGAGGGUCACCCUGAUGUUGUGCAGGAGCUGCUAGACAGAGGAGCUCACCUGGAAACCAGAGACAUGGGAGGCUGGACGGCACUGGUGUGGGCCAGCUACAAAGGAAAUGUGGAAGUGGUGAAAAUAUUACUGAACAAAGGUGCCAACUCAAACAUCAAAGGCGAGCACCACAUGUCCAGUCUGCUGUGGGCGUCCGGCCGCGGACACUGGGAGAUUGUGAAGCUGCUACUGGUGAAGGGGGCAAAGAGCACGUCAGCCGACAAGUAUGGCACGACAGCACUGCGUGUGGGCCUGCAGGAAGGGAUACAAGAA